UCCUCCUUAAAACUAGUGACCUAGUUUAUUUUGUAAUACCAUUUUUACAAGAAAACUACAAAAUGCGGAAGGGGAAUGUUUGAAUUUCGUAUGGUUCCGUGACAACGCUAGGGCAGGGCCAGUGAAGAAAUGUGCUGAUAAUGCCAUUUAUUAGUUUUAUCAGAAUUGGUUUCCUUCUAGAAUCGCCUUUAUUCUUUAAUCUGACAUGCUAAUUAUAGAAUGCUUAAGUAUUUUUGAUGGAUUCUUCUAUUCAGAAAGUGGCCUGGUAUUUCCUUGAAACAACCCAAAGAAACAACAACCAAAUAUUUUCAGAAGGAAGUUUUAUUUUUGUGUUGCUGGUUGUAAUCUGAAAGGAAAGCAUCGUUUAUGGUAUAUCAUUUGCUGACCAGCAAUCUUCAUUAUCUAGAAGCCUAUUUAAGAAACCUAUUCAAAUUAAUUUGUUUGUUCCUGGAAUAGAUAAUCAAGGGUAUUAAUUAUUAAUACUUUACUCCUUGUUUUGUUUCAUCUUAUGGACGGAUUAUUGCAAAUUUUCAAAUCAUUUCAUUCAUCUGUUAGUUACCAAAUCAUUCCUUUUAUUUUUUAAUGAGCAUUUAAAAAUUUACCUUUUAAAAUUCGCAAUAUAUUUCACACUAUUUUUGUUUUUACAUUGAAUUACGCUCUUAUAAACAUAAAACAAUGAACCAAAAAGAAAAUAUUUAAGUGUAAGAAAAGGUAUAUUAUAUUAUUACUGAUUGAAAAAAUUUGUUAAGUUUGAAGAAAUGGUAAGAUUAUAUAUUUUUUUAUUCAGGUAGUCAGAUUUUUCUGGCAGAUAAAUACUGGAUAAUUCUCUUAAUGAAAAAAAUAUAAGAAAUUCGUAUUUAAUCUUAUGAAGCUGAGGCUGAAAAAAGAAUAAACGGAAUGGUUACUUGACAAAUUGGAGAAAUUUUAAGAUUUCUAAACAUGAUUUUUAUGACCGACAACGCAUAAAUAAAUUUGAAUUUUAUUAAUUAUGGCCAUAAAUACAGAUUGAAAUGCAAUUUUAAUCAGAAGGAAAAGAUAAUAAACGAUUGUUUAUUUGUUUAUUUUAUUUAUUAUUAUUAUUGCGCAGUAGUACAUUAAGCAUUAUGAUAAGGAUAUAUAUAAUCAAUCAGAAUGCACAUUAAAAGCCAUUUAGUUUGAUAUGAAGUAAUAAUAAAACAAUGUAAAUAGAUUAAUAUAAUGAAUUGUUUUGUAAAGAUCCUCUCUAUAAUUUUGAAAAUUCAUUUACCAUUUUAAUUACUUAUCAAAAAUCAGCAAUUUUAAGAGAUUAAUCAAUGAAUAUUAAUUUAGGAAUAAAAUUAAUUACGAUUAAUUAAGAAUAUAUUUGUCUUUAUAUCUGCAACAUUCUGUUUCUCCACCAAAUGCAUUAAUUGAAACAAAUAAUCAUAAUAUGUAAACAGUUAGUGGCGAACUUUUUCUACUCGACAGCUGCCAAGCUACUCUGGCUCGCGGGGCUACAGGUGUUUAUAAAAAGAAGUUAUUAGCAUACAUAUUAAAUAAAUAAAUUUAUAAUAAUAUACAAAUUAUACGAAUGAUCAAAUAAUAGCUUAUUAUUAUCACUCAGUCGGGUACAAUUGAGCAGGUUUAUACUUGUUUUAUUAUGUACAUUAGUUGUAACUGUAUUUACAUUCACCGAGUGUCUGUUUUAAUAAAAGUGUGUAAAAAUGUAAAUACCACUCAAUCAUGAGUCAUAAUAAAUAAAAUCACAUUAUUUUUCACAAAAUUUCUAAAAUAAAAGUUUGACAAAAUAAAUCCUUACAAGCUGUUAAAAAAGGGUUGAAAUGUGAAAAUAAAUAGACAGUUUUAUUAAAAGAAGAGUUUUUUAUGUUCUGCCUAGGGCCGUAAAAUAUUUAAAACAAUUCAUAGCACAAUGAAAUAAUUAAGUAAAAGUUAAUAAUUGGUCUAGUGCCGCAAUCCUUUUAUUGCUCAUUAAAAGGUUAAUGACAGUAAGUAGUAAUUUUUAUUACUGAUUAGUUAGUUAGUAUUUUUUUUAAUAGUGGGAUUCUAAAAAUAAAAAGGCCCGUUUUUAGAAUCAAAAUAGCCUUUUUUUUUUGUACACAAUUGUGAACACGCGUUCCAUCGUCUCCAAACACACCACCCUCCACAUGACGUCAUGUCACCCCUCCUGUCCAAUUUCCGGGAUGGGGCGAUCCCCUUCCCUGGAUGUCCCCCCUCCCAAAAAUCCCGGUCGUUUGAUUCUUUAAAACAUAACGGUAGAUGGCGGCAUUAGGUCGGCCGGCGUCAUUAAAAGCGCAGCCCACUUUCCCAGCAGCGAGAAGCAAAAAAAGAAAAAAGGUUUCCUGGGUAAUCUAUUCGAAGCGGCGGAAACGGCGAGUCAUUGGCUAGCGAGGCGAGUUGACUCUCCGUGAUUGGUGUUGCCGUGUUUACAGGCCUCGCUGUCUGCUUUUCCACGAUCAUCGCAGGAGGAAAACCCCAUUACAACUCUUCUCCUUACGGUCACCGGAAUUACGAUGUAAAAAUGACUUCAAAUUUCAUGGAGGGUGUCCUGGGGAGUAAAUUUCCCCCCGAUCCGAACACCACCCCGUACGGACAGCACAGGAUGUAUCCUUACGUUUCUCUAUCCCCGCAGAACAGCAUGUCCGUGUCGGGCAACCUCUACUACACUUCCAACGCAGACUUCGCCAAGUCCUGCCGAUACAACAGCGGACAGGCCAACGGGCUCGAGGGCCCUGGCUAUUCCUUCGGCCUCCAGAAUGCAGGGCCGGGGCCCACGCCGACCAUGAUGACCCCAUCGCAGUUUUUCUCUCACCCUGCGUCCACGGACCUUGGAUCGUCCAUCACCACCUGCAACCAGCUGGGCAUGAGGCAGCUGGAUCCGAUCCCAGACGUGCCCAGGUAUCCAUGGAUGUCCAUAGCCGCCCUGAACUUUGCAGGACCGAACGGUUGUCCCCGUAGGCGAGGCCGCCAGACCUACACGCGAUUCCAGACCCUCGAACUCGAGAAGGAAUUCCACUUCAACCACUACCUGACGCGCCGGAGGCGGAUUGAGAUUGCGCAUGCGCUCUGUCUCACCGAACGUCAGAUCAAGAUCUGGUUCCAGAACCGGAGGAUGAAGCUCAAGAAAGAGAUGAGGGCGGUUAAAGAGAUCAACGAGCAGGCGCGAAUGGAGUCCUCGAAAGUCAAAGAAGAGGACAAGGAGAAGAAUGGGGUGGACAAGAGAGAGGACAGGAAGACGGAACACCCCAUCAUCACUUCACCCACCUCGCUCAUCCUGGAGGACAAAAUAAGAAACCCUCCAAAACCCUAACCCAACCUCUGACAUGGAUGGCCAGUCUUCUAUACUCAGAGUUCUGGUGCUGUCCACCUUGCUUUCUGCCAUAGGCCAUCGUUUCAAGUCGGUGUCAAUUAUACGUAUUUAACAACUAAACCAUAGCUCACCGUUGCGAUGAUAUACGUAAGAACUACUUAAUAAAAAAAAUAAUAAAUGACCAUUUACCGUAAAGUAUUAGUCGAACAUUCUUCAAGGGCUAAGUUUGAUACAUAUGAAAGUUAUUGGCUGGAGGACGAGCGACUACGGUUUAUUUAUUUCAGAUUAUCUAACUGAUCAAGAAGUGUGUGACCCUUUUAAGACCAACGAGGGCAUUUCUUUUUCUUUCGUGUAAUGAGAUUCUACUGCAGUUACCAGCAGGGGGUCUCCAUUCUUUUUUUGUUCAUAUAGUAUUUAUUUUCAAAGGCAUAUUUCAUCGAGGUUUCAACAGUAUUUUCGCGGAGACCACCGAGAAAGAACUAAAAAAUAUAUAUAAAGAGAAAAAGACAUCCACUUUUUUCUACAUUUUUGUUUCACCCAGAAUAAGUAUCGCUACUAUCCUGAAGGCGAACUUCUAGUCUGCUCAGGAAGACUUUAACUUAUGAAUGUGUUGUGGAAGAUCUGCAGUUAUGGCCGACGAAUCUCUAAUUUGUGUUUGACAGUACUUUAUCUCACUAUCUUUUUUUUUAGUGAUUGAUUUUGUUCUAUGUUUUGAACGAACUUGUUAUUGACCUUUUUGUUGUUUUUACAGCCCACGAACAAUGUUUUACUCAGUACUUAAGUUUGAAACUAUUUCCAUUGUUAAGACACAAGUUUUUUUUUUUAUUAGUGUCCUUAAACUAUUCUUUUCUUAAGGUCUGAUAUUUGGACUAGGAGAAAAAAAAAGAAUGUGUGUUAGAAAAAUGAUACAUACGUAUUUCGAAAAGUGAAGAGUUGCAGUAUUUUAAAAACAGUGUGUUUUUGGUGUACUAUAUUCGAUGAUAUACGUAACUAUGAAAUAUGAUAACUGUGAAAGUUAUGUAUUUUCUGAUGAACUUGUAGGAACGGGUAUCCAAAAUUUUCUUCAGUCAAAACAGAUUUAAAAUAUCUCUACAGGACUAUAUGGUCUUCCUACUAAUAUAGAUUAAACAUUCAGAAAAAUAACAAAGACUUUAUUAUUAUUUAAAGACAAAAGAAAAUAUUUGUCUUCAUUUAGUGUAAUGUUUCAAGCUGGGCCCACAGUAAAGAAUUUCCAUGCAUCUCUGUUCGUUAGUAAAGUCUAAACAAAGAAAACCUUUUCACUUUUUUACAUUUUUACCCAAAACGAUAACCUGUGACUUUAAAUAAUCAAUGAUUAAAUAUUUCUGAAAAAAUUUAAUGCAUUCUUUGCCAUUAACUGCAUUCUAAAAUGCCAGUAACUAUUCUUAAAAGGCUUAUACUGUGUUUUUACAGUUUUUAAUAACUUUCAGUGUAUCUUAACAAAAAAAGUGCACUACAACCAUAUAUUAAUUUCAGUUAUAAAGAUGAACGAGCAGUGAAAAGGUUUAUUUUCAUUAAUCUGCAUGUUUUAAAUGUCUCUUAAGUGUUUUGUAUGUUAUAGUGAAUAAAUGAAAAACCCACAAAAGCUCUUCUUAUCGCAAAAAUUUUGAGAAAGCUUCCUAGAUUGCAAAUGUGAGUAGUUUUUCAUAAAACACUUCACAAAAUGCAAAGAAAAAAAAACGCUGAUUUUAAUUGUAAAAAAAAAUUCUGAUAUUACUAAUUCUGAUAUUUUAAU